GGAUAGGAUAAGGCGACGAGCCAUUAGGCGCGUGAGACGACGAAGCCAAGUGAAGAGCGCGCGAGUGAUUGAGCCAUGCUAGCCUCGCCGGCGCUCGCCGGCGCCCACUCCAUCCCGGCGUUCAUGUCAGGCAACCUAGGCGUCCGCAUGCCGGCCAUUUCCGCGCUCCCGCACUCGCCGGCGCGGCGGUCCACCCUGGUCGUCGUCGCCAAGGCCAAGGUGUCCACGCCCCAGGCCGACCGCAUCGCCCGCCAUGUCCGCCUCCGCAAGAAGGUCAGUGGCACCACAGAGAGGCCAAGACUCAGUGUUUUCCGCUCAAACAAGCAUUUAUAUGCUCAGGUGAUCGAUGAUACAAAGUCAUGCACUGUAGCUUCAGCUUCAACAAUGCACAAAUCUCUCUCAAAGGACCUUGAGUACUCCGCUGGGCCAACAACUGAAGUGGCACAAAAGAUUGGUGAAGUGAUUGCAAAGUCCUGCUUGGAGAAAGGAAUCACCAAAGUUGUUUUUGAUCGAGGAGGUUUCCUCUACCACGGCCGUAUAAAAGCUCUGGCUGAUGCCGCUAGAGAGAACGGGCUUGAAUUCUGAAUCUUCUGAAUGUUUGUUGAUAUUUCCAGGAUCGGCUGUAAUAUUCUCCUUCUCCCCCCCUCCUGCUGAACGAAGUUCUUUUUGUAGUCAUUUGAGUUGCUCUGCAGACAUGUCACUCUGUAAUUUCACCUGAUCUUUGUAUCAGUGUCGACUCAACCUCGCAAAUGGAAGAUCUAUUUUGUGUUGUGUUAA